CGUCAUAGUUGACUAUUCGCUUCCAUUGCAGUCGCUGCUUGCUCACUCAACAACCGCGACUGCGCCGCUGCCUUCAGCCUCCUGCUGCUCCUGCUACUGCGCUCGGUCUUGCUCGUCUUUGCCUGCUACAAGUCAACCCUGCAAUCGUGAUAUACCAGACGCCGCAGACAACACAACACCACCACCGCCGACCUUCGACCACCCCGCUCAUCCGCUCACAUUAUUAAAGCCGCCGAACCAGCCCGCCCGCUACCUGCUAUCAGCACCUCUACGAGGCCGCCAUGGCCGACAGUAACACCGAUAGCGAUGUGCAGGUCACGUUCAACGUCAAGUCUUCGUCCGACUCCAAGAUUGCCCUGACCCUGCCUGCCACCACCACAGUCGCCGAAUUGAAGGAGAAGCUAUCAUCGGCAGAGUAUGCUGACACACCGGCCGAGCGCCAACGCCUCAUCUACAGCGGCCGCGUGCUCAAGGACGCCGACACAUUGGCAACCUACAAGAUCAAGGAUGGCAACACUGUCCACCUUGUCAAGAGUGCUGCGAGCAACGCGCGCCAGGCCCCCGCAAAUCAGGGCGGAGCAGCUUCAGUGCCGCCGGGAGCUGGCCAGCCUGCGUCGAACGUGCCUACCAACAUAGCAGCUGGUACUGGGGCGGGCGAUCCUCUCGCUCAAAUCACGGGUGCACGAUACGCUGGCUUUCACGGCCUGCCAGGCGCAGAAAUGUUCGGCGCCGAUGGUGGCAUGGGCGCACCUUCAAGUCCCGAUGCAAUGCUGCGUAUGCUGGAAGAUCCCAACUUUGCUCAACAGAUGAAUGAGGCUAUGAACAACCCCGCCGUUGUGAAUAUGCUGCGCAAUAACCCCAUGAUCCGAGACAAUCCUAUGGCUCGCGCCGCCAUCGAGAACCCUGAACUGCGACGACUCAUGUUCAACCCAGAAAUGAUCCGCAUGCAGAUGCAAAUGCAGCGAGCCAUGGGAGGAAACGGAGCAGGCGGAGAGGGUGCUUUCCCCAUGCCAGGACAGACGGACACUACAGAGCGUGGUGCCAAUGCUGAUGCGGGCGCAAACGCGGACGCGCAGCCUGGACAACCUGGACAACCUGGAAACGCGCCGGCCAAUCCAUUUGCUGCACUGUUUCCUGGUGCUGCUGCAGGCGGCGCCGCACCCAACUCAAAUGCGGCAAACCCGCCAAACCCUUUUGCGGGAUUUGGCGGCGGUCAGGGUGGGAGCAAUCCGCUGGCACAAAUGACGCAACAGCUCAUGCAGAAUCCUGAAGCAAUGCAGCAAAUGAUGCAGGCCUUUGGCGGUGGAGCCGGCGGUGGUGUCGGUGGGGCUGGUGGUGCCGGAGAAGCAGGCUUCAAUCCUUUCGGCGGCCUAGGUGGAUUUGGCAAUUUCGGAGGUGCAGGUCAAGAGCCACAAGCUCCUGCGGAUACAAGGCCUCCAGAGGAGCGGUACGAGAACCAACUGCGAUCGCUGAACGACAUGGGUUUUUACGACUUCGACAGGAAUGUUGCAGCCCUACGGAGAAGCGGCGGCAGCGUUCAAGGCGCAGUCGAAUAUCUUCUUACACAAUAGAGCCGUGACAGCGGAUUAUUCUGCAGCAAAUGCGGCCACGCUCGGGCAGGUCUAUGUGACGACAGCUUCGGAAGAGAAAGUAUCACAUUCGGGCAGAUGGAGCCCGUGCAUGUUCAUCAAGGUACCUUCCUCAGUGGCGAGUCCCGGUGCUUUGUACCAGGUCAAUCUGAGCAUGUUAUCAACAUGGAAAUGCGCACACACGGCCAUCCUCGCCAGCCUGCUGAGGAGGAAAUCGAUGAAUUCGAUCGCGAGAUGGACGAAAUUCUGUUGGAAGCGCUCGAAGCAGUCUCGCCCUCACCGAGCCUGGAUUAGGCACACACAGUCACCACAACGCGACUAUUCGCUAGUUCACAGCGUUCUUUAGCAUGCAGCGAUGGCGCUUUGGAGCAUGGUCUGGGAAAGAGAUCAUCUUGAGUAUGAAAUACAGCCGACACAUACGGUAUGAUGAAAACACUCAUGAGAAUCAGCAUCGGGCCCGAGGGGUUGUAUCAUUCUUUGUGCAGUCACUAGUCUCACCUUUGUCUCUGUUUCUAUUCUCCUUCUUAGUUCCUGGAUUUUUUCUUUGACAUGGGCGCAUCAUGUCCCGCGCCACUAACAUUGAAGUUAUGGACAACGGACUCGAGUUGGCUAUCACAAGAGUUGAGGUAUGCCUGCACAAGCCUCACUUUCA